GAUACUUCAAAACCAAAAAGAUUCUCCCAACAGAAGUCCUCUUCAAGUUUCUCACGGAAACCCACUCAAUAGUUCCCCUGCUGAAGGUUACCCAAAUGAAGGUUCCCCAAAUGAAGGUUCCCCAAAUGAAGGUUCCCCAAAUGAAGGUUCCCCUAACGAGGGUUCCCCUAACGAGGGUUUCCCCAACGAAGAUUCCUCUAACGAGGGUUCCCCUAACGAAGGUCCCUCCAACGUAGGUCCCCCCAAUGAAAGUUCUCCCCCCCUAGGGCCUUGUUAUUAUUGUAAAGGAAAGCAUCUUCUCAUGCGCUGUCCAAAGAUUCCGGACUCUUUAAGGAACCAUUGCAUCAAGUGUUGGAUGCCCGAUCACAAUGCGAAAGAAUGCCCCCAACAAUAUGCCUCUCCUCAACCGGAGAUUUAG